AUGCAUGAAGCAAAAAUAAGCUUUGAAUAUUCUCACAAAAUCUGUGUUUGCUAUGCUAAAAUUGUAAUCGAUGGUAUGAGUAUCUCAUUAAUCGAAGAAAAUAGUAAUAAAGCCAGCUCUAGUAAAAAUAACUUAUCUCAUUCUGAAACAGAAAUCGAUAAACCUGAUCUUAAUUUAGAAAAGUUUAUAGAUAUGUUUAAGAAAUUAUCUAUAGAGACUAAUUUAUCCAGUUCUGAUUCAGAAUCCACGGGUUCAGACUGGUAUGAUCUUGAUCUAAAAAAACCCGAAAGAAAUGCAUCUAUAUUACAAAAAAAAAGGUUAUUUUUCCUAGCCAAAAACAUCAUAGAAAUAAGCCAAUUAGAACUAAAUGCUACAUUUGUUGUUGAGGAACAGAGAAUUGUGACAAUAGUAAAUACCAUAAUCAAAACUAUUAAUAAAAUCACAACCAAUUAUGAUUUUCUUCGUAAUCAGUUGGAUCAUUUAAUUGAAACAGGUUCUGUAGUACUAUUAAUAUCUGAACAAUUUGCUGACCCAUCUGUACUUACAUCUAAUUCUCCUCAAAGAUCUUCUGGUUCUUCUUUCAGAUCUUUUGGUUCUUCUCUAGAUCCUUCCAGUGGCUCAAGCCAAUUAUCUUUUUCUAAUAUUAUCUUAACAAUCAGAAAUCACUUUAAAAUUCUUUUUGAUAAGAUUAUGACAGACAAUAAUUAUUCUUUAGACGAUAUAUGUAAUAUGGUGUUUGUUGAGAUUCGUAGUCUUGGAAUGGGAAAGAUUAGUAAGGAAACUAUAAAAAAUUUUUAUUAUAAUAAUGGUGAUUUUAGAGAUAAUACUUUAAAUAAAAUAGGUGCUUGGAUAGAUAAAAAAGUUCUUUCUAUAGCCGAUGAAGUGAGAAGAUGUAAAACAACAGAACAACUAAUAGAGUUUUUGGGCAAGCAAGACUUAGGACUAGAUAAUGAUAAUUUCAAAAUUAUUCAUGAACAAAAAAUUAAAGGCCAGAAUUUUCUCAGCUUGAAUGUCGAUAAACUUAUGCAAGAUGGUUUAAAAAGAGAACCGGCUAAAACCAUCACUGAAUUUAUUGAAAAAAUCAAGGGUGAAGAACAGAAGCAACAGCUUCAAGGUGAAGAGAAGUCACUGGAAGACUCAGGAGAUCCUUCAAGUGAAUUAGUUGAUAAAAUAGAAGAUUGGUCUUAUGGAAAUGCUUCAUAUAUAUUUGCAUACUAUGCUAUUGGUGUUCAAGUCACAUUGGUUAUUUUGUAUAAGCCUAAAAAUAAGAAGAGAAAACUGAACAUUUGUUCUGAAAAAAUUGCAAAAUUUGAUUUAGGACAUUUGUUAGAUAGAAUUCGCAUCAUGAAUUUCCUUCAAAAUAUUUGUUGUCUAUUACCUCUUAUAGUGAAUUUAUGCCCUCUGAGGGAAUCACCAGAGUUUCAAACAAUUUUUCGACCAAGUGAAACUGUUAUUGAACUUGGGUAUACAAUUAAAAAAAAAAUUGCAGACGAAAGGCAAGUUACUCAUUUAAAAGAAAUUUAUGAAAUGCUAAGCACAAAUAAUAUUAGAUUUUCUGACAAAUUAGAAUAUUCAUCUAUACAUUCUGUUAAUUUGGUGCCACAUAGAGAACAACAAGAAUUUUCUGAAAGUGAUCAUGCUUCUAAAAUGCUAAAUAAAAAGCAUGAUUUUAAGGUUGAUAUAUGGGGCGUUGGGAACUUAAUUGGGUCAUGUAAUGUCACAGGCAUUUCUUCAGAACUUUCAAGUUUCAGCACAGAUUUGUGUAAAAGUAAUCCAAAUAGACGACCAACCGCUUCAGUUGCUCUUGAUCGGGUAAAAGAUAUGUUUAGAAAGAUUAGCGAACUUAGAAAGAAGUAUGCUGAUCUUGAAUCUGAGAAUACAAAAUUAAAACAAGACAAAGAAGAAGUUGAAGCCAGAUUUUUGAAUUUAAAGUGA